AUGUCUCCCUUCCAGUGCCUCUAUGGUUACCAACCACCUUUUUUUCCGUCUCAGGAGAAGGACCUGUCUGUACCUGUCCAGGCACACAUCCGCGGUUGCCACCGGACCUGGCACCGCGCUCGAGUCGCCCUGCUUCGUGCCUCUGGUCAAUACCAGCGCCAGGCCAAACGCCGCCGCACCCUGCCUACGCCGUUGGGGACAAAGUGUGGUUGGCCACGAAGAACCUGCCGCUAUGGGCCGAGUCUGUCCCCCAAGUUCAUCGGACCGUUUGUCAUUGACAAAGUCAUCAACCCUGUGGUGGUCCGGUUGAAGCUGCCCCGGACCCUCCGUGUCCACCUGGCUUUCCACGUCUCCUGUGUCAAGCCUGUCUUCCUCAGCCCCCUUCUUCCUCCUCCUACUCGUCCGCCCCCUCCUUGGGUCGUCGACGGGCCUCCGGCCUACACUGUGUGCCGGAUCAUGGCCUCCCGGGGUCGGGGGCGUGGCUUCCAGUUUCUUGUCGACUGGGAGGGUUUUGGUCCUGAGGAGCGGUGCUGGGUCCCCCGACGCCAUGUCCUGGAUCCUGCUCUGCUCCGCGACUUCUUCCAUCGCCAUCCCGGCGCUCCGGGUGUCACAGCGGAGCCAGCCCUACCCGAACGAUAUGAUGGGCACCCUGAGCGUUGUAGGAGCUUCCUCCUACAAUGCGAUCUGUACUUUACGCACUGCGCCAGCUCCCGUCUCUCAGAUAGAGCCAGGGUUGCUACUGUAGUCUCAGUGUUGACAGGCAAGGCUCUAGAGUGGGCUACCGCUCUAUGGGAAGGUGAAGGACCCGAACUCGACAACUAUCGGGACUUUGUGGAGCUCUUCAAGGCGGUUUUCGAUCAUUCAGCGGUGGGCAGAGAGCGAGGCGACCGUCUCCUUCAUAUUCGUCAGGGAAGCAGGACGGCGGCGGAAUACGCACUAGAGUUCCGCACUCUAUCAUCAGCCAGCGGCUGGAACGACACCGCCCUGCUUUCGCUGUUCCGAGAUGGACUACGAGACGAGGUUAAAGUGGAGUUGGCGUGUAGGGACGACGAGGCCACUCUGGACCAGCUUAUCGCAAUGGCCACCCGUUUGGAUCGUCUGUUACGUGCUCGUCGGAAACCUGCAGGCCGCACUCCUCUAACCCCAGUCACCCCCCCCUUCAACGAGCCCAUGGAGAUGGACUCAACCCGCCUGUCACCAGGAGAGAGGAGACGCCGCCUGACUAUGGGUCUGUGCCUUUACUGCGGGGAAAGCGGACACCUGGUCUCUCAAUGCCAUCAUCUACGCGGUCCUCAGCGCUCUCAGAAGGCUUCUCCUUCCUCGCCCCCAAAGAGACCUACAGAGAUCAGCUUUUGGUCUGGGCACACACGUCUCCUGCCACAGGCCACCCAGGCAUUACGCGCACCUUGGGCACGCUACAGGCAAAAUAUUGGUGGCCCCAGAUGCCCCAGGACGUCCGCCAGUACGUCUCUUCCUGUUCGGUGUGCACCCAAAGCACUACACCAAGACACCUACCCUACGUCAAACGGCCAAUCGGAACGGACCAACCAGGAAAUAGGGCGAUUCCUGAGGUCAUACUGCAGCUCUUGUCCAGGCGAUUGGGCAGAUGUAUUACCCUGGGCUGAAAUCGCCCAGAACUCGCUUCGCCACUCCUCCACUGCCCUGACACCUUUCCAGUGCGUUCUUGGUUACCAACCAGCAUUGGCACCCUGGCACCGCAGUUCUGAGCAGGUCCCGGCUGUCGAUGAGUGGUUUAGGCGCGCUGAAGCUUUAUGGAACGCUGCCCACACACGCCUCCAGCGUGCUGUCCGACGCUUCAAAUCACAUGCAGACCGUCGCCGGGGCGACGCCCCUAUCUUCCAGCCUGGUGACAGGGUGUGGAUUUCCACCAGGGACAUGAAACUGCACACCCCAUGCAGAAAGUUGUCUCCCCGUUACGUUGGGCCGUUCCCCAUCCUGCGGCAGGCCGGCGGUAAGGGGUCCUCUUGAUGCAACAGG